AAUCCUGAAACAGAUAGUGCAUGGAUUGGACGGAUUUUAAAUGGAAGUAACAAAUCUAGCCGACCUACAUUUCAGACCGUCGUACCGCCACACGUUUCCUCAAUAAAGGAGCAGCGUUCAAGGACGCUAAUUGAUCACAAAAGAGUUCUCCGCCUAUUGUAGGGUUUUUACUUGUAGUUGCAUUAAGAAACAACCCGUUUAAUUUCAGUACCAUUUUUUUCAGAACUAAUUUCAGAACAAUUUUUGAACCAUAUAAAUUUGAACACGCCCAUUUUAGGCUACAAACCCUUUUGGAGUGCGACCACCUUUGGAGACUUGGCUGCUUCUUCCAUCCAGUGGAUAUAUUUUUGAAGACAUUUUGUUGGGUGCCAAAUAGUUCUUUUCUUUUUCCAACCAACGAUAAAGGCAGAUAAAACGAAACAUGGCGGUAACACAGCAGGUUACGAGUGUGACAACGACCACGUACGGUUCGGGAACAUGGACAACAGGUUUAUGUGACUGCUGCUCCGACAUGGGCACGUGUUGCUGUGCAUUCUGGUGUUUCCCUUGCAUGCAGUGCCAAACGGCAUCCCAACACGGCUGGUGUUUUUGCAUGCCGCUGUUGGAUGGUCUCUCCUGCUUGGCGGUCUCUUGUUGCCUCCGAAAAUCCAUCCGAGAACGCCACAGCAUCCAUGGAUCGUGCUGUGAUGACUGCCUGGCAGUCUACUGUUGUUAUAUGUGUGCCUGGUGCCAGAUGUCCAGGGAGAUUAAGAUGCGUGCUCACUCAGGCACCACUGUGGUCACCCAACAGUUUGUCGCUUAGCUCCAUCUCUCAUGGGUUCAGCGCUCCUCUGUCCUUUUUGAUGUUUGGCCCGAGUAACUUUGUCAUCAUUUUUUUUUUUUGCAGAUUGAACCCAAUAUAAUCCACAAUAGCUGUUUAUGUACCAACCAUAUCCAUUCACUGUUCCAUAUAUCCAUUCACUGUUAUAACAUUUAUAUGAUUUCAGGUAUAUCUCGUGAAGUAAAAUAGUAAACCUCCUAAUAGAAGAGCUCCGUGGCUUCAUUCUCAAAGCAAAACAAAGCCAUAGGGCUCUUUUAUUAGGAGGCUUACUACAUGUUCUGAGCUCAGUAACUCUGUGUUUUCACUGAACCCGCUUUCUAGAAUACUCCCAGGUGAAAUGCAUUGAUGAAUACAUUAGAAAUGUCAAGUGAUCUCUUUUCUGCUCCUUAUGUAAUGAAAACAAAGCUUUAUUAUUUUCACCAUCUGUGUUCUGAAUGUACUUUUAAUCCUUUUAAAUCAAUUCUUAAUCAAUAUAUUAUUUUUUGUUACUUGCUGACAUUAUGCACUCAAGCAGUU